UUUAAUGUAUUAAAUGAAAUACCCGCCAAGUCAGAAGUGGAUUUAACUCUUUAGAGCGCGCCUGAUUUUAAAAAAUGUGUCUAUGAGUCGCGAUCAUCUUUAUUCUUUGUUGAAAUCGAAUGUGAUUAUAAAUUCAUUUUAAAUUCUAAAUUCUCAUAUUAAUGUGACGUUACACGUUGUUUUUUUCAUCUCUCUUCUGGGAAUUAAUAUAUGUGAAAAAUUUUAUUUUCCAUUAUUAUGAAAAUGACGACAAUUGGAAGUAUUUCGAACAUUGUGAAACCUCUUUUUGUUCGUGGUAUUUCUACAGGAAAAUGGUCAAAAACAGUAGAAACAAUUACAACAAUUGACGAUGAACGUCAACAAGAUUUGUCUCACAUUAGACCAUACACUGAAAUGCCUGGACCAAAGCCAAUUCCAAUUCUUGGAAAUACAUGGCGAUUUUUGCCAUAUAUAGGAGAUUAUAAUAUUGCGGAAGUAGACAAAGUUUCAAAAAGGUUACAUCAACAAUACGGUGAUGUUGUGAAAAUGGAAGGUUUACUCAAUAGACCGGAUAUGGUAUUCGUGUACGAUGCAAAUGAAAUUGAACGGCUUUUCAGACAGGAAGAGAAAAUGCCAUUUCGACCAUCGAUGCCAUCCUUGCACUAUUAUAAACACGUAAUGAGGAAGGAUUACUUUCAAGAUACACCUGGAGUCAUUGGUGUACACGGUGAAAGUUGGUACAAAUUUCGCAGUAAAGUACAACAAGUCAUGCUCCAACCAAAAACUGCAAGAAUGUAUAUCGGCGAAAUUGAAGAUGCCAGUAUUUCAUUUUUGCAAAGGAUCGACAAUAUUAAAAAUGCUGACAAUGAAGUUCCCGAUGAUUUUUUAAACGAAAUUCAUAAAUGGGCUUUGGAAUCAAUUGCUCUCAUUGCACUUGAUGUUCGAUUGGGAUGUUUGGAUGAAAAUGCACCAGCGGAAACUCAAGAAUUAAUUAAUGCUGUGACGACAUUUUUUGGAAAUGUUGGAAUUCUCGAGUUGAAAAUUCCUUUUUGGAAAAUAUUUAACACGCCAACUUGGUGUUCAUUUGUUAAUGCUCUAGACACUAUUGUAAAAAUUACAUCAAGAUAUACGAAAGAGGCUUUGGAGAGAUCAAAAUUAAAGAGUAAAUCGAAAACAGAGCUUUCCCUUUUAGAAAGAGUUGUAGCCCUAGACAAUGACUCAAAAAUAGCCGCAAUUCUUGCCUUAGACUUAUUCCUUGUUGGUAUCGAUACAACAUCAAAUUCUGUUGCAUCGGUUCUAUAUCAAUUGGCACUUCAUCCGGAAAAACAAGCACUUGUACAUGAAGAGAUUUGCAAAGUACUUCCGACAAAUGGAGAAGCACUUGAAGCUAAACAUAUUGAUGACUUAAAGUACUUGAAGGCUUGCAUAAGAGAAACAUUGAGAAUGUAUCCGGUUGUUAUUGGUAAUGGACGUUGUACCACUACAGACACUGUGAUUGGCGGAUACCAUGUACCAAAAGGCGUGCAUGUCGUGUUCCAACACUACGUGAUUAGUAAUCAGGACAAAUACUUCCCGAGAAGUAAGGAAUUCUUGCCAGAACGUUGGUUGGGCGGUGAAAAAAUGUGUCAUCCAUUCGCCUCAUUGCCCUUUGGCUUUGGAAGACGAAUGUGCCUCGGGCGACGAUUUGCUGAUCUUGAAAUGGUUAUUGUGAUCAGUAAGAUUUUACAAGCCUUCAAAAUUGAAUAUCAUCAUGAAAAAUUGGAUUACUACAUCAACCCCAUGUACUCACCAAAUGGACCUUUGAAAUUCAACUUCAUCAGAAGGUAGUUCAAUUAUAUUUAAAAAAAAAAGAAAGUUUUAUUAACAAUUUUCAUAUACAGACAAGAUUUGUGAUUAAAUUAGGUAUAAUGUAUACCUAUAUGUAUAAUUUUUUCAAAACUAAUAUUUUUUUUAUUAUUAUAAUUAAUAAAAUAGAAAAUUUUGUUUAAUCAACACUUGUCCGAAUCCUGACGGAUCGCAAACUAUGAAUGUGCGACGAACUCGUUGCACAUUUGUAGUUUGUGAAAAUAAUCACUUUAAAUAUUAAUAAUUUAAUAAUUGCAACGUAAUUUAAUACAAAAAAUUAAUCAUUUAAUAGUUAAUUCAUUAAAUACAAUUGCAUUUUUCAUAUUAUUUUUACAAACUACGAAUGUGCAACGAGUUCGUCGCACAUUAAUAUUUUACGAUCCGCCAGGAAACCAUCAAAAGUUCACGUCUAUAAAAUUCUUUUACUUCAACGACUUUGACAACAAAAUUUUUUACGUGUAUUACUGAAGCUCCCUUAAUAUGUUUCUAUAAUGAGUACGCAGCAAGGCUGCAACUUUAUCGAUUCGAAGAGAUUAAUAAUUUUCUAUUUUAUUAAAAUUUUACCAAAAAUACGCAAAUUAAUUUUAUCAAUUUUUAAUAUUCAUUUAGACGCAGCUUUUUACAAACGUAUAAAAUGUAAAAAAACAUUUGUAAAUUAAGAACGUUGUAUUAUUUCAAAAAAAAAAAAAAAAAAAAAAAAAAAAAUGAAUGAAUAAAUUAAUAUAAAUUUUAAA